CAUUGGCGUGUUUCUUUACAAGAAUAAAUGUCCGACGCCAUUGUUACCGUACCCGACGCUACUGACGAAUUUUGCUUCAAAAUGGAAGAUACUACUGCAAUGAGCGAUUACAUCAGCGUAUCAGAAAAUGAAACCGAUGAAGCUGUUGAGAUACCUAGUGAGGAAGACGGAACACUGCUUUUAUCAACACUAGCGGCUCAAUUUCCUGGAGCAUGCGGUCUCAAAUUCAGGAAUCCGGCCACAGGCAAUUUCCGUGGAGUCCGUCUGAUUGAUGGAAAGCUUCACCCACCAGACUCGGCAUGGGGAAACGAUACAUAUAUUGUUGUCUUCCCAAGGCCAAACUCGUCCCAGUCAGAAAUUCAAGAGACGGAAAAUCAAAUUCAUCAUAUUCAAAGCUUGGGUGAUAACAAAAGAAAGGGAGAUGACAUGGAAAACCCGGUCAUAAAGACAAAGCGAAUGGAGACCAGAAACGUCUGUAGUGACCUGAUUGUUCUUGGCCUGCCAUGGAAAGCGACCGAGGAAGAUGUCAAAGCAUACUUUACUGACAAUAUUGGUGAAGUUGUUCUUGCCCAGGUGAAACGUGAUGCCAAAGGGAAUUCCAAAGGGUUUGGAUUCAUCCGCUUUAGUGGCUACAAGGACCAGUUGAAGUGUUUACAGCAGCGCCACAUGAUCAUGGGUCGAUGGUGUGAUGUCAACAUCCCUAACUCCAACGUCAGUGCUAGUGAAACUGCACAGAGGGCUUUGAACAGUAAAAUAUUUGUUGCUCGUUGCUCAGAAAAGAUCACAGUGGAUGACUUGAGGACAUAUUUCUCAAAGUUUGGCGAAGUAACCGAUGUUUUCAUCCCACGACCCUUCCGAUCUUUUGCCUUUGUGACUUUCCAGGAUGCACUGGUGGCUCAGAGUCUCUGUGGAGAAGACCACAUCAUCUGUGGUUGUAGUGUCCACUUAAGCAGCGCUGCACCAAAGACCAACAGCAAGAUGGGUGGGGAUCGUCAGGGAGGUUUCCGUGGCAAUGACUUUGGGCGGGGUCAAAUGGGUAUGGGAGGUAUGGGUAUGGGAAUGGGGAUGCCCCAGGGAGGUGGAGGAGGCCAAGGAUGGGGUCAGAGAGGCAACCGACCACAAGGAAAUCCUGGAGGUGGCGAAGGAAACGACAACAUGGGCAUGAAUUUCCUAAAUAUGAUGGCAGCUGCGCAGGCAGUGUUGAGUGGACAAGGGGGCUGGGGACCACUGGGGAUGGGAGGACAGAAUAAUAGUGGGAACGCAGAGCCAUCAAUGGGGCAGCCCUUUAAUAAUACGCCACGUCCUGACAGUGGAAAUAACCAGAGGUCAUUUAGCAGCUGGGGAGCAGGGUCUGGGUCUGGAGGAGGAGGAUCAGGAUCACAGUUUGAAGGUGGAAACAGUGGGAGUGGCUCUGCCAGCAGCAGUGGUGGUGGCAGUGGUGGAAACAGCGGGGGUUACAGCAGCAACUGGAGUGGGCAAAACAGGUGGAACUAACGGGGCAAUAACAAUGAAAAGGGUGGGGGGGGGGGGGGGUUAGGAUUGAUACUGUUUAGAUUGGGGUGGGGGUUCACAAUACUCACACUAUUGUCAUCAUUACAGAUUCCAUCUUCAUUCUAUUCAUUUCAUAAGUACCUGUCCAAAAUUCCUAAUUUUUACAUUUCUGGGAAAUAUGUUGAAAAAGAAUCAAAUUCAUAUCACAUGAGGCAAUUAUUUCCCAACAAUCUUAGGUAAAGAUUCCUGUGAUCAUGAGCAUGAGGGGAAGCAUUGAGAAUGCUUUUUCUUUGUUGAAUUGAGUGUUCGAGUGACUAUUUUCAUUUCUAGUUUGAGAGCUGAAGGAUCAUGAUAUCAUUUUGGGGUCGAGAGCUUGUGGGUAUUUUGGGUUGAGAGGGUACGGGUGAUAACCUCAAUCAGCAAUUUGUGAGCAUAGAGAAAGAAAUAUUUGCACAGGAUUAAUCUACAGAGAGAGCUGAGCCGCAUUGAAAAGAGGAUGACUUGAGAACCUUGAGAGAGAGACGUGACCAACAGCAUGUGGUACAAGAACUUUUCUGAGCUGAUGGAGUGGAGUCGUAUGUUUUAUCAAUUAUUGUCUGCAACAGACGCUUAUCUUUCCUUGUGUGUAAACAAUAGUAUGAGCCAGUUUCAAGGAAGGGUGAUAGACUGGCCAUAGAACAGUUUUUUGCUUUUUAAAUGUACAAAAUUUGUGCAUUUUAUUUUAGUAUUGUUUUGUGCAGUAUGUUUGAAAUUACUGUUAAUCUUUAUACAAGAGAUUGGAUUUUGAAGUGAGGAAAGAAUCCGAAUGACUAUUUCGCGAGAAGAGCAGAGACUGAAAACUUUUUGUGGCAGGAAAGAAUAAUUUUACAAAAGUGUAUUUUUAGUCGUAGUUCCUGUUGUGAGUCUUGUGAUCGUACAUGUAUGUUGUAUGCAUGUGGAUAUAUUAUACCUUGUUGGUGAGUAAU